GGUUUGCAUUGGUGGUCUGUCUCUCGGAAUGGUUUGAAGGUUUUUAUUGUUGUCGAGUAGCCUAAAGGCAAAGGAUCUUUAUUAAAAGAUUACGACUGCAAAACGAAACUGGUCAUUUCUAUGAGCUCCGGUAAAUGAUGGACAUCAUGAACACUCUUGAUUUUCACACACAGCUAACAUCCAUAAUGGAAGUGUUGGCGAAAGCAGCUGUUGUUGAAAUAGGCAAAGUUUUCGAGGAUAACUAUUCUUAUUUGGGAUUAGAGAUAUCACGAUGUACAAACGAAAACGACUCUCUCAGAAAGAAAUGUCUGUUUCUGGAGACUGAACUUCAGGCUGCCCGGAGAAACACCAGCAGGAUGAACGAGACUGAAGCUUCAUUCAGCGUCAGCGACGUACUGACAGAUACUGGACAUCGUCCUGCAAUCGACAACGUGUUUGGUAAGGACUGGUGCAUGGACUUGUGGAGACACGAGGAGUCAAACAUUGGUCAAAAUGAGGACACAAAUCUGAGCUCUUCAUUUAACACAGUAGAGACAGUUAAUUUGUUGAAUGAAGAAGCAGACAGGAUCCUGAUUAAGGUUGAGACGUUUGAGGAGUGCCAUGAAGAUAAAAGCAACAGUUUGAAAAAUACAGGACCUGCAGUGGGCAGGAAUGAGAUAUGUGAGGCUGAGAGUUCGGCAGAUUUUAUCACAUACACACUGCCUACAUAUGACCAAGUGAAAUCAAACGUCCAGCGGAGACGCCCUAAAAAGAAAAAAACUCCUAAAGCAAGACGUACUACUCAUGGAAACAGUCCAACACAGCCAGAUUUGAAAACUGAUGAGCUUGUUUCAACUUUUACCAGUAGCGUUAAAUUCAGCAGUACACAAAACCAGACAAGUGCUUCAGAAGAUAAGACUGAUUGUGUACUCUGUGGAAGAACUUUCUACAAACAAUCCUACCUGAAACUACACAUGCGAAUACACACUGGAGAAAAACCUUUUGUCUGCAUGGUUUGUGGCAAAAGAUUUGCUCAUAAAACAUACCUGACAGUACACCAGCGAACUCAUUCUGGUGAGAGGCCGUACAAGUGCAUGGACUGUGGCAAGAGAUUUUCCCAGAAGUGUUCCCUUAAUGCACAUCUCCGAUGGCACACUGGAGAAAAACCUCAUAGUUGUGUCAAAUGUGGUAAAAGCUACACAGACAAGCGUAGUUUUAAGAAACACCAGUGUAUUAGUUAAACUAAAAUAUAUAAAAGCCCAUUUUUAGCCUUAAGGGGAUCGCACACCGGCCGCGCAGCUCAGCGUGGCGCCGCGUCGAGUCGCGUCUAGGACAACUCGGAGGUAUUGUAAACCGGAAGUGCACAUUAAAUAGCGCAAGCUUCGUCAGAUAACGUAUACUUAAAAAUGCAAAAUAUACGUUAGCAGCCAAUGUUAAUCGUUAAUGAUUUGGGACAAAUAGGAUGUUAUUUAAUGUUAAACUAUAUGAGUGGCGCUGUGUGGCACGACAGGGAUUUGAGCAACUUCCUGAGUCACAGCUGGGUGCGGACAGGCGCCACCUAGUGGCGCCGGUGUGCGUAUACUCAUAGAAAACAAUGUGUUCGAUUUUUUUUUUUUUUUAGAACGGUGUGCGAUCCCCUUGAGUCUGAAAACGUUCAAGUCAAAAUGUUUCUGACACAACAGCAGUGUUGAGUUAUUCUGGUGGUUAUCCUGCCCAAUAAACUUUUAAAAACAGAAACGUUUUUUCCUACUAUGGAAGUCAAUGGGGUCCUCAAACGGUUUGGGAAAUAUUUAGUUACUCCAUUACAUUACGGUCAAUUAAUAUUCAUUGAUAACAAGCAACAUCUAACUACUGUAUAAUAACAAUAACACAGUAUUUUUGGGAGGUUACCUAUGGGGCAUUUUUACCUGGAUAUGUUACACUUAUGUUUUAUUGUCACCUAUUGUCUUCCUAAAACAGUUUUGUUUCUUAAAGAAAUGUUUACAGUGUUGGUAUUUUUCACUUCAGUGUUUAUUUAAAUAAAUUUGGUUGUAGCCUGAAACGGAAAAAAAGGAAUUUCAUGUGGUUUUUGGCCGUUCACACAUUCUAAAUGUGAUUGGAUUCCAAUCGGAUAUGCACCAACAUCGGAUUUGGACUGACAGUGUGAACAAGGUCAUACUGUCUCGAGUGUGUUUGCAAAUUGUUAAGCCUUUAAAGAAUUAACUAUUGAAUAUUCAAACCAUGAUUUAAACGCGAUCAGUGUAGAGUAGCACUUGUUGUUUGUCGUUUCUACGAUCACAAAUCUGUUACGUUCUUUUCAAGCCGUGCUGGCAAAGUUGAUCGAUCAGCUUGGUCAUCUGCAUUUUCUUGAUCAGAUUUCGGGCUCGAAUAUAUAAGGUAUUAACAACAUUACCACCUGUCAGUGUUGCUUUGGGAGCUGAUAUUCCAAAUAUGGUAAGAAGCGUAACAUUUCCGUCACAUGCUUGAGGUAUUCGACCAAUUACAAUGCACUGGAUAGCUGGCCAAUUAGAGCACCACACUUUUCAGAACGAUGAGCUUUGUACCAAUCGGCGCGUUUCAGAGAUAGAGAAACAACAAUAUGUGAUUUUUUUUUUACCAUAAACCCCGUAAACACAUUGCACCAAAUACACCAAAUAACACUCCCUUAUAAGAACAUCAUAGGGGCUCUUUAAGAUAUUUCAGGGCAAGCUGAUUUAAGGCAGGACAACUUAAACAAGCUGUAGAUUUAGAUGUUUUAACAUCCUUUGUUUUCAACAAAUGUUUUUUUUAAUAAAUAUUGUUACAAAGACCACCAACUAAAAAGCAAUUAGUCAAACCGCCCAACUAAAGAAAACACUGAUCAUCACACUUUAAACAUUCCAGUUGAAGGUUCCUAAGUGAAAUCAUCCUGAGUGAAUUGUUUGAUUGAUUGAUUGAUUUAUUUCAAUUUAAUUAUUUGUUGUAUUUUUU